UUAUUCAGUCUCGCGCCGGCGCCGGCAUCGAUCGCGGGGGCAACCAUUAUUCACAUUAAUAUAAGAGCCUUAUUUCUAUGCAUUACGAACAUGUCCCGUUUUGCCACUAGGCUUCCUUCCUGUGAAUCAUGACUCGAGUGCGGUGAGGUGCCAAUUUCAGUCGAAUGUGAAACGCAGAGGGACGCAUGCGUCUCAUAAGUGGAUUUUUUUAUCGUAAAAAACAUUGUGGAUGUAACACAAAAGAUAGAUAUUUUUUUUUUAUAUUGUUACAUAUUCCUAGUUUAAAGUGUUGUUUAAUUUAUUACGAUGGAGUUGUUGUCGUUUUUGUUGGUGUUUGUUAUGUUUUGGAAACCGUCCUGGAGCAUGUUGUGUUAUAAAUGUGAUGCAACUCCGUUAGAUCGCUCGUAUCUCAACACGAAGUCGUGCGAACACUUCGACUACAGUGAAGAAUACCAAACCGAAUGCGACUCGUCCACAAUGUGCGUCAAGAGGGUCACCACGUUUACUUUACAAAAUGGAGUGACAACAACGAACGUGUACCGUGGAUGCGCGCCGCAGACCUUGAGCGGCGAUCAGGCGAAGAUCAACGGCAAAUGGCGUCAAGUGAAGAAAAUAUACGAAGCUUACGAGGAGAAGUGCGCGGAAGAUCAGAGCGACGAGCAGAGAAUCACCAAAACGACCAUCUGUUACUGUAGGGGCGACUUUUGCAACAGCGCGCAACGAGCCGCAACAAUAGGAAUAUUCGUUGUCUUAUUAGGUCUGUUAGUUAUGAGUUUAUAAACUGUAAAUAAAUUAUAAGAUAAUACUCAGAAUAUAAACCAAAGCCUUAUACGCAAUGUUUAAUUGCACUGAUUAGUACAAGGCAAAGCGACGCUGGGCUCAAAGCUGAUAGGAGGUAAAUAAAUGCAAUAAUCACGUACCUCAAUUACAUUAAGUAUAGGUAGGUAACUACGGAUUUUAAUUAAAUUUAAUUUGUCAAUAAUUCAACAGUAUAACAGUAAACGCUUUUUCCGUAAUGGUGGGUUCUGUUGGCUCUCAUUGGCCGCUGCAUUUCUCAUGCUAUCAGUGCCUAUAAAAUUUUCAAUUAUAUAUUUACUUGCCUUAAGGUGCAUAUUACUACACUCAAGGGUUAGAACAAAGCACUAAAGUAUGGAGAAGUAGACAGAGGGGAGGUAAAUAUCCCUUUUUGCUGCAUUGUUUAUUACAAAAAUAUGCCGCAUGUAAAUAAUCCUUUAAUUAUUACGUUGUGGUUUAGGUUAUAUCCGUUGUUUUUUAUUUAUUUCUGACAUAAUAACGAUAAUUAUGCCAAAUUAUAAUAAAAUACCUUUCUAUUUUUUCUGUACAAUUUUACCUAAAGCUUCACCUUA